AUGGGCUCGAUCUCAGACACAAAUAUCCAGACGCUCGAAGAGGCGCUCUCACAAGCGCACGAAAUCUAUACGCAGAGUCACCCAGCAUCCAACAAGAACUAUGCUGAAGCCUGCAAAUACAUGCCUGGUGGUAACACCAGGACGGUCCUUUUUGCCGACCCUUUCCCACUCACAAUUGACUCAGGCGAGUCUUGCUAUUUGACUACCAUUGAUGGCAAGCGUUAUAUCGACUUCCUUGGUGAAUACACCGCCGCCAUAUAUGGCCACAACCACCCCGAGAUCAAGGCUGCAGUCCAAAAAGCUCUCGAGGGCGGCUGGAAUUACGGUUCACAUCAUAAGCUCGAGCCCGAGUUUGCUCGGGCGGUGUGUGAACGAUUUCCUGCUAUUGAUCUGGUUCGUUUCGUCAACUCUGGCACAGAAGCCAACAUGAUGGCAAUCGCCACGGCCAUGGCUGUCACUGGAAGGAAAAAGGUCCUACUGUUCAAGAAGGGAUAUCAUGGCUCCACAAUCUCUGGAAAGGUGGCUUCUGGCAAACCGACCAUUAAUCUACCACAUGAGUUCGUGUUGGGAACGUACAACGAUGUUCCAGGCACCGAAGCACUCGUCAAGUCAUUGCCCAAAGACAGCCUAGCUGCCAUCAUUGUUGAACCAAUGUUGGGUAGCGGAGGGUGUGUCCCAGGGACCUCAGAAUUCCUGCAAACACUCCGCCGGCUUGCCGAUGACACCAAAGCCAUCCUGAUUUUUGACGAAGUCAUGACUAGCCGUCUUGAUUACCAUGGGCUAGGCGCAAAGGUGGGAAUUACUCCAGACCUGAUGACGCUGGGGAAGUAUAUCGGUGGUGGGAUGAGUUUUGGGGCAUUCGGCGGCAGGAAGGACAUUAUGCAGCUUUACGAUCCGAGGACGGGAUCUCUUGAACACCCUGGAACUUUCAACAAUAACGUCUUCACCAUGAGCGCAGGUAUAGCUGGGUGUAAGCUGUUGACCAAGGAUAAAUUCGAUGCUUUGAACGCCUUGGGCGACACCCUGCGCCAGAAAGUUGCGACUCUGCUCUUGACACGAGGUAUCAAGGGAACGAUACCAUCCUCCCCAGUGGCUGAUGAAAUGCAAGUGGCAGAGCAUCCACAACGACCCCCGAAGAUGUUUAUCAACGGUGUGGGCAGUCUGAAUGCAAUCAUGUUUGCAGGUCCGGAUAGAGAGGUCCUACAGAGUUUGUAUUACCAUCAUAUGCUGCAGAGUGGAAUAUACAUUGCUGCGAGAGGGUUUAGUGCGCUGAACAUCAUGCUGACGGAAGAUCAUGUUGGGCACUUUCUGGCGGCGACCGAGGCUUUUUGUGACAAGUUUGAUAGAUUUCUGCAGUGGUAA